UAUUAAAAUAGUCGACUAAAUGGGCAAAAUCAAGAUAAUAUUUAGUUUAUUGUCUCAAAAUGAAAAUGUUUGGUGUAUAUUUGACUUAAGUAGUAACUCAACCUUCAUGUGUGUUUGCCAGGAUGAGUGAGGGAUACGCCAGCAGAGGCUUUUUACUCGCCAUGGUGCUCGCCAUCAGCCUCUGCGACAUGUCUGAGGGCGCCACAGCACCGCAGCACGUUCCCACGGGCACCUGCGAGGUGGUGGCGCUGCACCGCUGCUGCAACCGGAACAAGAUCGAGGAGCGCUCGCAGACCGUCAAGUGCUCCUGUUUCCCGGGACAAGUGGCCGGCACCACCAGGGCGGCGCCUUCCUGUGUCGACGCCUCCAUCGUGGCCCAGAAGUGGUGGUGUCAGAUGCAGCCGUGCCUCCACGGAGAAGAAUGCAAAGUUCUCCCCGACCUGAAGGGCUGGAGCUGCGCCACGGGCAACAAGAUCAAGACCACCAAGAUUUCUGCAGAUCGGGAGCAACUUUGGUAACAUCACGUCCUUCACGGGGGAGUACAGGUGAUUCCAAGAGAGAAGAGGACUUUCCUGUAAAUAUAGAGACUUCUUUUCUUCUGGACUGCAACACACCCCAGAUCCUUGGACAUAGACCACGCUCCUUCUUCUGGACACCCGUCCGUCUUCACGCCGGAACUUUGCCGCCGC